CCACGUCAACUAAGUUUUUUCACUCUCCACUCCAUCAUAUCAACUUCAUUAUAAACAAUUAGAAUGAACAAAUUAUACAUGUCUCCACAAACAUAAAGAAUAUUAGUUGUUUAAGGAAAAUAUAUUAUUUAUAAUAUUAAAUAUAUCGAGAAAGUAAUUAUAUGUGUGUGGGCGGGUACCCAUGAGGCAGAUUUACCUAAACUCAAACCCAACCCGACCCGGUGAAUAGUGUAACGGGUUUAAACCCGAACCCGACCCAAAACUCGUCAACAUGGAUUUUACCCACGUUGAUCGGGUUGGAUCAGAUGGGCACUCGUGGAUUCGGGUUUUGUUGCCAUCCCUAUUCAACUGGCAAAGCCCACGGAAAAUCGCCGCUACCAUCCAAUUACGAUGACUCACGUGUGCCAAAGAAAGAGAAUUCGCUUUAACAAAUAAAUUAAUUAUUCCACGCCUCCAUGAUUACUACUUUUGAUCAUUACGUUGAUCUCUAAUUUGUCUUGGUCAGAUUCCUACAUAUACAACAAUUUCGGGAUCCAUUACCUUUCUCACAACAACAGCAACCAUGGCGGAAGAGAUUGAUGAAACCAACGACAACAAGAAAUGGAAGGGCAAGGUGACGGCGAGAGUAACGAAAGCCACCGCCGACCAGAUAUGGCGCCUCUUCGCCGAUUUCUUCCACAUUCACAAGUGGUUCCCCAACGUCCCCUCCAGCCGCGGCGUCCACGGCGCCAACGGCCACCCCGGCUGCGUCCGCUACUGCUCCGGCUUCUCCAUCCCCGCCGCCGGCGAGGCGGCGGUGAGCUGGUCAAAGGAGAGAUUGACCGCCGUCGAUCACGACCGGCGGUUUCUGAGCUACGAGAUCGUCGAUUGCAACAUCGGGUUUCAAGGGUACGAAUCGACGGUCGAGAUCGUUCCUGAUGGGAAAGGGUGCGCGAUCGAGUGGGGGUUCAGCGUUGAUCCUGUGGAGAGCUGGACACUGGAUUGCUUGGUGAGGAAGUAUGAGUCGGCCCUGGAGGCCGCGGCCCGGAGAAUGGAGGAAGAGAUUUUUGGAUCGGUUAAGUAAAGUGGGCUGGGCCUGCUGGAGGUUCAUGGAUUCAAAAAGCCCAUUAUCUUUCCCCAUGAGAUAAUAAUAAUAAUUGUGAUAAUAACUGAUAAGCUUACGUAGUUAUGUAUAGCCUUGAGCUGUUUACAUUUUAACUGGAAAGGAAGAAAGUGCUUCAGUUCUU